CGUUUGUUCAAAUGUCGUGCCGAUAUCGGGGAAUCCCGUGAUGAAAAACGGAACAAUAAUAAACAUUCUAGACAAUGAUCUUUAAUAAUCACCAAAUGGAAUAAUAAUAGAACAUUCCGAGUUAUAAUUUUUGCACACAUUAUAAUACAUUUCAUACUGUACUUAAAUUAUUAAGAACUCCAAAAAUAGGAAUGCUAAUUUUUGAUUUACUUAUGAAAGCGGGAAUAUCGAAUAGUUAUUUCUGCGAAUGGGACACCAUGUUUAAUUACCUAUAGAACUAUGUAUUCGUUACAGAACUAUGCUUAACAUUGCGAGAUACCGAUUACGCAAAGCCUUGAGGUCUUCUGUUCCGUUCCGAGCAUCGUACACAGGUGUACUGUGUGCGAGUAAGCUAAUUAAGCUCGUUCAUUCUGCAGGAGCAGCCACUGCGGAAGAAACGAGAUUGCACCAGUGGGUGACUUUGUAUUGAAUGCGUGCGAGAAGAAAGGCACGCGCUAUGCGAAUACCAUCAACUGUUUACACACCACCAAAUAGAAGUACAAUGUACACAAACAUGAACUCCAAGGAGUUCCCUUAUGUUUACAAGUGGGUGUAACACUACGUUCCUUGCAAAGGAAGAAGGAGAGGCAAACAGAGUCUAUUCUAACGUAAUGCUCGCUUUAGAGAGCUCUCUGCGUUUUGUUUACGAGAGCAGACAGUUAGUCGGUAUCCUCGGUCAAGUCCAGGUCGUCAAACAUGCGGUGAACCACAAAGUAUUCGAACGCUAUCGAAUGAACGUUUCGACAGUUGAAAAUAUGUGAAUCAUAUGUUCAUUUCACCUGCAAUUUGUAAUACGACUCGCAUUUAUUAAGCUUUUCAUUUGAGAGCGUCCGAACACUUGUGGCUCAUUGUAUGUGCAAACCUCGCGCGAUUUCCGUUGGUUUGAACCAAGGUCGUUUCUCGAGUCUUUGCGCGUACAAUCAUGCGAGCUUUUGAAACAACAGCUUGUGGUAUUUUGUACAGUUAACUCUGUAUAGAUAUUGUUGUCGAUAUGGCAAAUUUCGGAUUGGACACCGUUGUUAACGACGUGAAAAAGUUGAUCGACAUUUUAAACAGUUAGAAUUGUCUACGCUAUACGUGAAACUAUCUGUAAGAUGAUCGGACGAAGAUGUAACAAGAGACCUUUGCCAGUCGUGUUUCACGUUCUUAAUAUUCUUCAACAAUGUUUACUAUUGCCCGGUCUCAUGAUCGAUAAUCGCAUAGCAGUCGUUGCCAAUGAUUGUUAUACGAGGAUAUCGGUCGGUUCUAAAUUGUCCGAGGCGGAUAUCGUGUCUCAACUCGAAGUCGCAGGUUUAUCGGAAUGCGAGAAGCAAUGUUCGAAGAACGAACCAAUUUGCAAUUCCUUCGCGUUUGGCGUUGGGCUAAAGGGCAACGGUACCUGCGCCAUCAGCACUCGAGUACCGAUGCUGGAAGAUUUAGUAGCUCAUCCUGAUUACGACGUCUACUUAAAGAAACAAGGCCCACCGUGGUGCGACGACUAUCCAUAUAACAACGGCUUUCAGCAAGAGAAUGAAAGUCAUUUAACGAAACAAGAGAAAUCGAAUAAAAAUGGCCACGUUGUACUCGUCGGUGACCUUUCUUCGGAAUCGAUCAAGGAAGUGUCACAGCCACUUCACACGCAAUCCCUUCCGAGCAGAUACAGUACGACGAGUUACGGGCUCGUUGGUAUCUACGAUCGGUUUGUCGAUCAUGACGGACGUUUUCUUUCCGGUGACGACAACCAUAGAGUCUUGGACAUCCUCGCAAAUAGAAAUCAAAAGCCAGCAUCGAGCAAUCCUUUAGAAGGUGUUCAUCGUGAAUCCUUUGGAAAUCCAUCUCAUCCACGACUAACAGGAAUAGAGAAAACAAAGAAUCACCUGAACGAGUUCUAUUUUUCUGCCUCCCCUCCAUUUUCAUCGACUCAAUUCAACACACACAAUCAUCCAGCACCUGCCAAGAUUGUUCAAGAAAGAGUAUUGAACAGACACGACAAAACAGUCGAUACAAAAAUUAGAUAUGUUCCUCAUACUAGCGGGAUUACCAGAAUACGCCAUGACGAAGACGCGAAGGUUCCGAAAAGUGAAAAUGUUACGUUAAAAACUCAGCAGAAGUUUGAAUGGAAUAAAUCUCCCCUAACAUUAGACUUUCCUAUCUGUCAUCGGAAAAUGCAACCUGGAAUGAAGACGAUGGAACUGCACGUACAACGUGCCAUAAACUGUGACAACUUGCACGACUGUCGUCGAACAUGUGACUACGAGAAGACUUUCGACUGCAAAGGUUUUAACUAUAGAAGUGGAUCGGGUGGUUCAACCGGCGUGUGUGAACUAACAGCAACGCCAUACUAUCGCAUGAAUGUUGACAGAGAUUUUUUGAUGGAUCCUAGAUACGAUUACUAUGAAAGGAAUAGAAACUGUCCGCCUUCUACAUGGGCCACUACACAAUGGACAGAUCAGCCUAGAGUUUAUGAUCAAAAUCGGCAAGGUGGUUCAUGGUCACGGUUGGACCACAAAAGUACCAACGAAGAUCUUCCAGGCCCACCAAACUAUCCGGAAAGCUAUCCAACUAACCAGGAAUUCCCUGGCAGAUUCCCUGGCGAAAAUGUUCAAAACUGGAAUGGGCCUAUUUGGCAGAAUCCAGAGUUGCAUUAUCCUGGUCCUAUUUACGACAAUUCUGUCCACGAUGCUCCCAUCAACUACAACAAAGAAUUUUCGAACGAAAGACCUUCAAUUUUUCCAAAGCAUCGACCCGAAGAUCGAUCGGAACCGCAGGAUUUCAAUAUCCCACGGGAAACCGAUCAGAUUUAUGGAAAAUUUCAUAAUUAUGGUAGCGCGUUUGGAUAUAACGAUAAUUUUGUACCGACAGCGAAAGAAAUUCCUUACGAAGAACAUCAAAAAUCGCCAAGAGCACAGAAAUGUUCCGUUAGAUCCGCAGCGGGGUCAAAACUAAGUAGGAGCGUGUUGCGUAAAACUUGUCUGGCGCGUGAUUUGAUGCAGUGCGAAGAUCUUUGUGUCAAUGAAUCAGCUUUUUCUUGUGGAAGUUUCGCUUAUAGAUACAAUGUGUUGAAUACCAACCCUACGGACAACUGUUUACUGAGCGAUCUUCCUCACCAAGAUUUAAACUUUUACACGGAUCUCGAGCCUGAUCGCGAUUACGACAGCUAUGUGAUCAUUCAAGAUACCAAGGUUUGUCUCUCAAAGAAAGCAACGAAUCAGUACCCAGAGGAAGAGUGUUUCUCUAGGGUCAGAAGCGGAUUUGGUAUACCUGCAGAUGUCACAAAGAAGUCGAUGCAUGUCGACGACUUAGGAGAGUGUCAGUUUGCAUGUACUAUGUCGCAAGAGUUUGUCUGCAGAAGUUUUGUCUUCAAAUAUGGAAUGGAAGAGUAUAACGAUCAUGUGCACGGACAUGGUCAAGAUCGUGCCUCGACCAAUUGUUUCUUGAGCGAUUGGCCACCUGGAGAUAUAAACCCCACCAAUAUGCCUGACAUGGAUGGAGCGGAAUUAUAUGAAAGAAGCAGCUUCUCCUACGGCUGCGAAGCAUACCCUGUACCCUUAGCCAUCCCUGAUGUAGCUACGCCGCACGACAGGCUACCCAAUCAGUUACAAAUGGAUGAACUUUGCUACUCGCAACAUUACAGGCCAUGCAAACUAAUGGCCCACGCAAUAAUGUCCUCGACAAGAGCGGACAGCAAAUCCGAGUGCCGUCAAAAGUGCUCCACGAUGAGGAACACGGGUGCCAUACCACCCUGCAUGUCUUUCAAUUAUAUGAUCGCUAGCGAUAAUACCCGAGAUAACUGUAUGCUGAGCGAAAUACCGAUACGAGAUCUGAGGCCAAAUGUUGACUACAUCCAGGAUGACGAUCAUUUACUAUACGCCUGGAGAGAUCUUGAUCCUUAUUGCGCAUCAGUCCCAGAAGAACACAAUCAACCAUUUCCUCCCGCGCAAGAUCAUCAUACUCAUGGUGUAUUCGACGACGGAACUCAUCCUCUAGAAUCAGAUUUCCAUCCUCCUUUUCCAACCAGAAAUAAAUUCAGGCCUGGGAAUAACGAGGAUCAUCAGAUCGAUAACGUUGCCGGCUCUCGCCCUGUUUCAGAUGGUUUUGAACAGGGAUUUGACUUCUUGUACCCAAGAAGAGAAUUGUCCACUUUCCAACAUUAUACAGUAAAUGGUCACCCUUGCAAGAAUGGCACAGUUUGUCAACGCAAUGAGGUUGUUGAUUUCUGGUCCUGCGAAACCGAAGGAAGUGAAUAUGGUAGCUGGGAUUAUUGUUGCAACCCUAACCAUAAAUGUGGCUUUUCACAUGGAUAUCAUUAUCCAUGGUGUUAUGUGGGCUCUAAUGAAGAUCAAUGGAGGCCUUGUAGCGAAAAAUAUUACCCCUAUUAUUUAUCCAAGGAUCAUGCAACGUACGGACAAUCAUCGGCGCGCCAUUGGCCAAUUAUGUAUCUUCACAAAACGUUGCCACCAAACUGCACCAUCAACCCUAACAGUCAGAGUUUAAGUCAAAAUCACAGACUCGUUGUGAGAGCUAAUGGAAGUUAAAAAAGAUGAAUAUUUUGAUAUUUAUACCAUAAGCGUAUUAAUAAUAGCAUCCUAAUAAACAGAACUAACCAAUUUCCUCCUGAACAGAAACGAUCAAAUAUCUUAUUACUAUUACAGUAACAAAUAAAACUCUACAACCAAACUGAUUAUGUUUUUUCCUG